CGUACUUUAGUGAAGACUGCCAAGAAGAAACUGCGGGAUCAGGACACAGGUGGAGCGGAGUUUGCCUCUCCUCUGGGCAGCCUGCGGGUGGAGCAGGGCAGACACAGCCAGGCCGAGGGGGCGAUUGGCCGGAUGAAAGAAAGGGUGGACGAUCUGCAGGUACAGCUGGAGAAGGAAGCGUCCCGCCGCAGUCAGCUGGAGAAGGUGAACGACGACCUGAAGGAUCAGCUGUCCUCCCUGAAGAGCUCGAGCCGCGGCAACGAGCAGCUGGAGAGGAGUAAGAGGCAGCUGGAGGAGGAGGUGCUGGACCUGAGACGGCGAAUGGAGGCCGCUCAGAUGGAGCAGAGCCAGGUGGAGCAGUACCGCCGUGAUGCCGAGGAGAGGGCCCGUCAGGAGAUCCAACAGAAACUGGAGCAGGUCAACGUCUUCCUGCAGUCCCAGGCAGCAUCCCAGGAAGCGUUGGAUCAGAUCAAAGCGGCCAAUGAGACCAACCUGCGCUCCCAGCUGGAGCAGAAGAUCCGGGAGUUGGAGGGGGAAUUGAACCGGGCCCGCACCACCCAUCAUGACAGCCUCAACCAGAGAGACUCCACCCGCACGGAGCUGGAGCGAUACCGCCAACUCUACUCCGAGGAGCUGCGGGUCCGCAAGUCCCUCGCUGCCAGACUUGAGAGGGCCAACAGUCGACUCUCAGAAGCCAAUUCCAAGCUGCUGAACGAGCGCAGCCGCUCUCUGAUCACCAGCAGCAUCGCUAACGGAAGCCUUGGGGGGCCCACGCUGGACGUGAGCUCUCUGGGUUCACCAUUACACUACGGGGCCACACUGGGGCCCCUGAACAGGAGUCUCGGCCUGGGGCUCUCACUCCUUAACCCUGUAACGGACGGGCACAACAGCAGAGUCGAGGACUACCUAGCAAAGCUUCUAGCUCAAAAGUCUGUCUCUCAUCUCUCCUCUCUUCAGCCAGACCCAUAACCAGGUGUGUAGAUGUGUUUAGCUCAGUGUCCUAUUGGCUGCUGUGAAGGGAUGCACAGAUUCAGAAACUCUUGACACAUG